GUUACUUCAGAUUUGGUUAAAUAAAACAAAAAAUUACAAUCAAUUUUUAAUUCUCAUAUUUGGAAUUUUUUUUAAAAAGGCUUUCACGAAUAUUCUGGUGACAUUCAUCGAUAAUCAGAGUUAUGAAUGAAAAUUUAGAUAAUGACAGUAUAAGAACAGAAGAUUAUGCUUCAAAAUUCAAUGAAACGAUAGAUUUACCACAUACACAUAGAACUAAUUCCUAUCAGCCUGUUCAAUCGCUGUGUGGAGAGAUAAAAAAGUCUUCAAGUACAGUAACACUACUACCCACGUGGCAUACAAUAUCACAGAAAACUUCCAAUGUAAAUUCAGAUGAAAAUCAUAUUAACCUUCAUAAUAGUCAAGCAAUCUUUACAAAAAAGGACAAUAAUUCUGAUUUACAACAUAAUUCUACUGUUGAAAAUAAAAGUAAACAAGAAAAAUAUUAUACAAACUCUUUGAUUCCUUAUGAAGUGAAUUCAAUCAAUCCACCGUUAUCGACAGACAAUAAGAAUAGGGAUUGUUUACAAUCCAUUAGCUUAAUGAAUGGCUCUAAUGAACCAUGCCAGGACGAUUCACGUUUGUUGAAUAAUCAAUCAAUGAAAGGAUGUUAUUAUUCUGAGAAAUCAUGUGAAUCAAGAAAAAUAAACAAUUUAAAUCAUAAAACAUUACACAAUGACAAAAUAUUUAAUGAAAUUCAUGGCAUAUCAAAAUUACUUCCUGUUACUUAUGAUCACUCAAUCAAAACUACCAUUCCAUCUGUCAAUAAUAUUGAUCAGAAUGUGAAUAAAAAGUCUGAUUUUAUCAAUAAUCAAUAUUAUCCACAGUUUCAUCGACGAUUGUCAUGUGAAAUAAGGCAAAAUGAACAAUAUCUUGACCGUAGUUUAACUUCACAAUCAUUUUCUUUGAAAGGAAGAGGUGAUCACUUAAAGGGAAAUAUUAAUCCGGUUAAUGAAUGUGUACAACUAUGUGGUAUAACCCUCAGCAAAGAAGAAAUCUUGGCAAUCAUUAAUGAACGCGAUGAAUUGUAUGAGAUAUUACGAGUUAAUGAAGAGGAGGCUAGUGAACGUUAUUCUACAGAAAAACGUUUAUUGAGUAUCAAACAAGAAUUUACCGCCGAACAGCAACGUUUAAGACAAAUUAUCACUGCACUGGAAGAGGAAUUAGAAGUCACGAUGUGCCGUCUUAAUCAGUUAACUGCUGACAGAAGCAAAUGGACAACUGAAUUAGACGAAACAAAAAACGAAAGGGAUGAAACGAAAGAGAAAUUGAAAAAUGCGGAAGAAAAUCACAAAAAUGAAUUGAUGGAAAUGGAAAAUGCAUAUCAAGAGAAAUUGAAACAAAUGAAAUUAGAUGAAAUUAAAAACACUGAAAUGAUAACAAAAGAAUAUGAAUUAAAAAUAAAUAAUACUACUGAUAAACAAUUAAGACAAACUACUGAAUUUGAAGAGAAAUUACAAAAAUUAAAUAAAACAAUUAAAGAAAUUGAACAGGAGAAAGAAAAUUUAAGACAUGAAAAUAUGGAAAUUAUUAAAGAACAUCGUGAAAGAGAAAGAUUAAUUCGUAGUGAAUAUGAAGAGAUUCUAGAAAGUAAAUCUGUUGAAAAAAGUAAGGAAAUAUCUAAAUUAAUGGAUGUUCAUUCUGUUCAAUUAAAUGAAUUGGUUGAACAAAUGCAAAAAGAAAAAAUUCAAGCUAUCAAUGAUAUCAGAUCGUGUUAUACAGAAAAUAUUGAGGAAUUACAAAAUAAAUUACUGUCUAAACAAACAGAAAUUCAAACACUUAAUGAAACAUUAACAAAUACACAAAAUUUAUUACAUGAAAGUCGUAAUCAAGAAAUUUUAGAAAAAUUAAAAGUUCAAACUGUUGAAGCACAUUCAAAAGAAUUAGUUGAAUGGGAAAAAGAAAAAUUUGAAUUAUGGAAAAUUAAAAUGAAUCAAUUAAAAGAUGAAAAAGAUUCAUUUAUUGAAACAGUAAAACAAGAAUUACAAGAACAAAAAGAACUUACAAAAUUUUAUCAAGAUAAAAUGAAAACUAUUGAAAAAGAGUCAGAUACAUAUCAAACUGAAUUAGAACGAAAAAUAAUUACAUUAGAAAAUCAAAUCGAAACAUUAAAAAUGAAACAUGAAAUCGAUAUGAGUGAGAUUCAACAAGUCUAUAACCAAAAAUUAUCCAAUAUGGAAUUGCAACAUUCUCGAGAAAUUAAACAGGCUGUAGAAAGUGAAAAUGUAACUGUACAAAAACAAGUACAUGAAAAAAACCAAGUAGAAAAAGAUAAAAUAUUAGAAGACCUAAUCUCUUCGUCAACACAGAUAACUUCGAAAAUUGGAAAUUUAAUCAGUGAUAUUUAUCAUAUCAUUGAAUGGAAUGUACAAAAUUUAUACAAUUUCCCCGAUUUUCCUUUGGAUUCAGAUGUACAAGAAAAGUUAAACAAAGAAAUUGAAAUACCAAAUAUAACAAAGAAAUGGAUAAUCAGUGAUAUUUCCAUAGAAGGUGUAAUGAAAUCACUCAUAAAAUAUGUAGAUGAGUUAACGAAUAGUUUGAGAAAGAAUUCAAUGGAUAUUUUAGCACAAUUACAACGACGUAAAGAUGUAUUAUUAACACAAAUUAGAAGUGAAUUAGAUAGUGCUCAUAGUGCGGUUAAACGUAUUCAAGAACAAGCUGAAACUGAACAAGAUGAACAUAAAAUGACGUUAAAGCACUAUCGCAACCGAAUUGAAGAGUUAGAAGAUGAAGCGAUAAGGAAAAAAUUAAUUGAACAAUUGAAGCUGAAAGAUGAUGAGAUUGAAUCUUUAAAAAAUGAAAUACAACAAUUACAACAAGAAAUCAAAAAAUCAACAAUCGAAAGAAUUAAACCAGAUAAUGAAGAAGUAAAUGAUAGAAAGCAUAAAGAUCUUUCACCUAUUCAUCAAUUAUUGUAUUCACUAAAUCACAAUAAAAAUGGUACCAAUAAUUUGGUCAGUCAACAACCGAUUCGAAUAAUUACUGAACUAAAAGCACGGAUUCAACGAUUGAGAGAAGAAAAUAUGGCGUUACGUCGGCUGCUUUUACGUCGACCACUUGUACCGGUAAAGCAAUCAGAUCAAGAAAGUGAAAAACAACCAUUUUGUAGACUAUCCGAUGCACAAUUCAUGCAAAGACUGAAAAGUAAAGGAAAUUUAGAAAGAUCUAUAUCAAAAUUAUAAUCGUUUACAAAUAUUUUCAUGAACAGUGAUUCUAUUAGGAUCGUGAUAUUUUUUCAAAAUACUUUGGUUUGGAAAACGUAACCAAGAAGAUUAUUAACGUCGGUUUUUUUCAUAUGGCCGGUGAAAGAUUCUUGUUUGAUAGAAUUUUGUCUAAACUCCAAGUAAACUGUUAACUUAUUCACAUUUAUUUCAAGAGUGGAUUUAAACGAAGUAAAAAUAAAUCAUC